AUGCGGCCCGCCGACAUAACUCCCGCGAUCGCCGAAAAACUCUUGGACAUGGUGUACAGCAUGAUAAAAAUCGCUGGUCCAGCAAAAGUGGGCGAUUCGAUCUUUAAGGUGCAGCGUACCAAUCCCGUAACCUAUCUACUCGAGGAUUAUCGCGGAAAAUCCGUCGCUGAUGCGUUCUACGAACACGAGUUGCAUCGCGCUAUUCAUCCGGACGUGUAUCUCGUGGAGAAAAUAUUGCGCAGGAAGAGAGAUAAAAUAUACGUCAAGUGUCUGGGAUUCGAUGGAUCGCACAAUUCAUGGAUGCACAAAAACCAUGUCAUUUGA